UGAAAGUAAAAAUUUCUGCAGAGGUCGUUUUUCUUUUUCGUGCUGUGACAGAGUAUUUCACUUAGUAGAUAACGUACAGGGAAGGUAUAUAUAAAAUACUAGAAAUGGGAGAGUUUUUAGGUUUGUUGUACCAGAUUUCUGGGAGCCUAGAUUCAGAAAACCUAAAAAACUUGAAGUUUCUGUGCGGGGAAGACAUCAGAAAAAAGGAGCUUGAAAAAAUUUCAAGUGGGACUGAUCUGUUCAAAAAUCUGAUGGAAAAGGGCAAGAUCUCUGUAGACAAUACAAGGUUUCUUCGUUUCCUCCUCACCAACAUUAAAAGGGAAGACCUUUUGGAAAAGCUGGAGAACUUUGAAAAGUACGGAUCCGGUGAGCGGGACGAUCUACCCGAUGCCAAGGAAAUAGAACGUCUGGAAACUGCAUUUGAAGUAAUUUGUGACAACCUGGGAAAACCGUGGAAAAUGUUUGCCCGAAAGAUCGGUGUUUCUGAUGCCAGGCUAGACCAAAUCCAAGAUAGGCACCCCCGUGACAUGAGAGAGCAGAUCAGGCAGGUUUUGAAGGCGUGGCAGAAAGUGCAAGGAAAGGACGCCAAAGCUGCGGAUUUAAUAAAGAAGCUUCGUGACUGCGGGCUCAACUUGGUGGCCGAUAACGUAGACAAACAGCUGAGAACAACGCAGAACUGAUUCUGUUUAUUGAACUGGAAUUUCCAAUGGGAUCAAUUCAAUUCUCCUUUCACUUGUGUAGUGGGGCUGAUUGUUUUUAAUUUUUAAUUUUUUUUUUAAGCACGUUGAAUGAUUAUAAUUCAUGGUGUAUUUUUCUUUUUCUUAUGAACUAACAGAUGUUUUUAAUUUGUAAACACAUUCCUCAGCG